AUUUGCUAACUUCCUGAAAUGAGUAAGAGGAACGUUGGGAAAUGCAUUGGUCGAGAGUUAUGUUUCGUAGCAGAUUGAUGGACCUUAGCUGUCAUCAGUAUCAGCGACAGAUUUGGGUUGCUCGAAUAAUAAUUCUAGCGACACAGUUACAAUGUAUAAAUAAGACAACAUCAUAGGUUGAUAUCAAAACUUUAAAAAAAGCUGAUUUAUCGUGAAAUAUCAACAUGGGGGUAGUCAAGUGGGUGAUAUUUGUUUUAUUAAGUGGACUUUCAUCAAAUUUGAUUGAAAUUGAGGUAAAAUUACCAACAAAUAACUAACUUAUACUUUAUUUUACUAUAAUACUACUAUACUUAUACUAUUCUUUAUACUAGGCCUAUUCUCUGAGUAUACUCGUAACUAGUGAGAUUAGUCUAACUAGUAACCUGCUAGGCUUGUUUGUAGUUGUAUGAUCUGAUUGUUAUGUUGUCGUUGUCAAUGAUUUGUUGUUGGGUGGAUUCAUUUUUAGUGUAGGCAAAUUAAAUAUUUACAUUUCAGAUCAGAAUUUAAAAGAAUACUGAAUACAAUUUCAAUUCAAUAUCAAUAACUAUGUCAGCAAACUUUCUUUUUAGUUGAAACAAUAAAUGGCUAAUAUUAAGGAUUGCUGCCACGGCGUGUAUUGUGUGUUUAUUAUUGUUGCAGUGUAUUAGAGUUUAGGUUAGGUUGAGGGAUCGAUUUAGGGUUCAGGUUAGGCAUAGGGAUCGAUUUAGUUUAGGGUUCAGGUUAGGCAUAGCGAUCAAUUUAGGGUUCAGGUUAGUAGGCAAAGGGAUCGAUUUAGGGAAACAUUCGUGAAAUUCGAUAAAAUAGUGACAGUCGUCCUUAAAAUUUACCUAAUAAAUUAAUAAAGUAUAAAGAAAUUAAUAUUAUUAUUUGCCUUGGGCUUGGGUUAUAUUGUAAUUCAAAUAGAAAUGAUAACAUAAGAGUAAUCAGUAGCUGUCUAAGAACCGUAAGGCGCAAAUGGGAGACUGCAUCAGACCUAUUUACUCUUACGAUUUUGGCGUACAAUGUAUGAUUUUUAGAUGUCUUUUAUGUGUGUACGCCGAGACCCAUACAAAACUAUGAUUUUCACAGAUCCGGUAAAAAAUAUUCGGGUAAUUUUUUCAGAAUAAUUUGUUUUCUUCAUUCGGUUGUUAAUAAGUUUCUAAUAAAUUAAAGAUUGUCAGGGAAUUGACCAAGAAAAACGAUUUUAAUUUUUUUUAAAAGUUGAGACCAUUCUUAAUUUUAUUAUGUACGCACUGAUAGGGGAGUGGGGGUUGUUGAUUAAGGAGAUUUGUGGCAUACGAGGCACAUGGGAUUGGUGGGAGUGUUAGCUGCAUCAACAGUAAUAUUUAGACUAGUUGCGACAUUCACCAUUCCCUUUGACUACUACCAAACGUGUGACGUAGUUUUUUUUAUUGUGAUUGUGGUAACGGAGCAAACUAGAGAUGUUUUUUAAAAAUAAUAAAAUAAGUUAUCCAACAGUUCUGCACUGAUCACUGAAACAGUGGAUUUGGACAUAUUUUAUAAGAUCAUUCUGGCAUUCGAAUUUGACUACACCAAGGGAUGUGCACAUUGCGUGAUUUUAAUGUUACCAUUAUAGGAAUCGGCGACCCUUUUUGUUUUCCGUACCGUAGUUUAGUUUACUUAUUUUGUAUUCAGAACUGUUUACUCUUACUAUUUAGGCGUACAAAUGUAGGAUCUUGAGAUGCCUUUUACCAUUGUAGGCCAAAAAGGAAAUGAGUAAAACAAUAGAGAUAUUACAGUAAUAUUUAUUUAUUCCGCAGUAUGAUCAAUGUGAGUAUGUACUCAGUAGUAGAGAUAUUACAGUAAUAUUUAUUUAAUCCACAGUAUGAUCAAUGUGCGUAUGAUGUAUAUUUUCUUGGGCGACGCCCGGGGUUCUGAAACUUUUGUUUCCUGGCGCCUAUGCCAAAGUUAGUUUUUUCACCAGGCUCCGUGAUUGAAAGUCUAAUGAGUACACUUCGAUAUAGCAAAUGCAUAAAAAAAUAAUAUAAAGAGUUGUGGAAACAUAAAUCUGCCAUGUAUGUAGGUCGCUUAGCGCCAUCUAGUAACUGCAAACAGUAGGUACUCUAGUGGGUUACCGUUUACACUUUACAGCACGACCCAAAUUUGUCAAAUAAAAAAAAUAAAGUUAUGAAAAUUUUGUAAUAUUUCGCAACGCCCCUGCGAGGAAGCCGCAGCAACCCAUAUAGAAAAUAUGUACCCCCACCCACCCACCCAGGGGGACCAGUAAAAGGUCAAUUCAUUGUGCCCUUUCUCUUUGAAUAAGUAAAUGGUUUAAUUCACUUAACUAUCAUGGUCCUUGUUUUGUCUGAGGACAAAGAGCACGCAGGGCGAUGCAGCAUAUAUUCUGGGACCCACUGGGCUGGCUGAAUUGCAAUGGUGAAAACCAGUGUCACAUUUUCUUUACUGUAACAUCAUAAAUAUAUAAAGAUUAUUGGAUUUUUUUUUUGAGAGCUCAUUGUAACGUACGCGAAAUAUACUGUAUUGUACGAUUUUGAGACGAUAUUGUACGAUUUUACUAAUACAGGGAUAAACAGGUCUGCUGCAUUUAGAUAGCAAACAAAUUAUAGUAACCUGAACAUGUUCAUUUGGUAUUUUAUUAAUUAAUAACAAUAUUUGGUAGUAGAUAUUCCAUAUUGCUUUCCUCUAUAAGUUGGGUUUUUUUCUUCAAUUUUUCUGUUCAUGAUUUUCUUAGCAUAACCUCAAAUAAAAUUAUCCAACAUACAAAGUCUUGAUGUAAUUGAAAAGUUUUGUUGUUGGUUGUGUUGUAAUACAAUAUUGUAAUAUUAAAUUAGAAUGUGAAUGUGUCCAGGAAAUUAGGUGCAAUUAUCAUUAAAAAUGAAAAUAGUGCAGAAAUUUAAAUAUUGGAUCACAUUUAGCAAGGCACUUAAAACUAUUUAUAUAUUAAUAUGUUUGUUAAAAAGCCACUUAUUCUCAAUUGCUCAUCAACAGGCUCAAGCCUUAAGUAGUGCUCUCCUAGAUGUUGGCAGCAGUUCCUUCUGCAUCAGUUAUAACUCGGAUUAUCAAAAGCUGCCCGAAACUUUAGCCUCACCCUCAGCUGUUUCAAGGCAGUUGGUAGAUCUCUCUAAAACAGAAGGCUGCUCAAUACAAGACUUAAAACCACUUCCCAUUCCUGAAAAAGCUAUUGUGGCUGUGAUGAGAGGAAACUGCACUUUCAUACAGAAAGCAACCAACAUAGAAGCAGUGAAUGGAGGAGCUGCUCUCAUUGUAGACUUUAAAAACUCAAGUAGAGCUACAGUUCCUGGUGGAAAUGCCUCAGAUUUUGAAUCCAUCAACAUAACCUUAGCCACAAUUACCUGGAAUGACUACAAGCAGCUGUUACUCCUAGGAAAAUCAGUCGUGGUUAGACUGUAUGCUCCACCGGUACCAUACUGGGAUACAAACAUGAUUGUCAUUGUCAUCUUUUCCACUGCAUUUGUGAUGAUGGGAGCUGGCUGGGCAGCAUAUGAGGAAUCUCAGUCAUUUAAACAGGCAAAGCACCGGGUUACUGUUCCUGUUGAUUCCAAAACCAGUACCUCAAGUGAGCCACAGGAGGAGCAAGUGGAAUUCACUGUGUGCAUGGUUGUUAUCUGGUUCGUCUUCAUUUGUGCGGUGAUUGUUUUCCUCUACUUCUUCUAUGAGCAGAUGGUCUACUUCUUUAUUGCCAUGUUCUGCCUGGCUGGUUCUUAUAGUUUAUACCAGUGUUUGCUACCAAUAUGGUCGCAUCUUGUACCCUUGUCAUAUGACAUACCAGUUAAUAGGCUUCCUUGCAUUAAAACAAAGGUAAGCAGACUAUUGAUCAAUAUAAUACUAUAAUGUUUUUUUGAUAUUUAAUGGCACUUUUUUAGAAUAUAGAUUAUAUUUUUAACCACCACCACCUAUGUUUUUAAAUAGUGUUUUUUUUUUAUACUUUAAUAAUAAAUUAACUGUUAUCCAUUUUCAGGUGAAACUCAGAAGUUUUUUGCUGUAUAUGCCUUGCUUGACCCUGGGAAUAUUUUGGGCCAUUGAACGUCACAGCAAGUAUGCCUGGACUAUACAAGAUUUGCUUGGAUCUUCAUUUUGCAUUUUCUUCAUCCACAACCUUCGCUUGCCCAAUUUAAAAGUCAUUGGAGUUCUUCUUAUUCUUCUGCUGGUCUAUGAUGUUUUCUUUGUGUUCAUCACCCCAUAUUUCACGAAAAAUGGGGAUAGCAUUAUGGAAUCAGUAGCCACGGGUGGCUCAAGUCAUUCAAAGGAGUCUUUGCCUAUGGUGUUUCUGGUCCCCAUUCUCAGCAAUGCACCAAUAAUCAAAUGCAGGGAGCGCUCUUACUCCUUGUUGGGAUUUGGUGAUGUUAUAAUUCCAGGCCUACUUAUAGCUUACAAUGCAAUCUUCGAUGUGAAGACAGGAACUCGUAUGGUGUACUUCAUUUGUUCUUCUGUUGGUUAUCUGUUUGGAAUGAUCAUCUGCAUGAUAUCUCUGAUCUACAUGAAUUCUGGCCAGCCGGCCUUGCUGUAUCUCGUGCCCUGUACUUUGCUGACUACCAUUGUGGUAGCACUCAUGAGGAAAGAACUGAGGAAGCUGUUCUUGGGUUCUCACUAUAUAACAGCAAAAGCUUUGCCCAGUGAUGAGACCCAAGUAAAGGAUAUUCAGGAUGCAGAUACCAAUAAUGACUGUUUAGAGGAAGAGCAGCCCUUAAUAUGAAAACUGAGGAUAAAUCAGACAAAGCGGGAACUCAAACUUCUAUUAAGCCAUUAAUUCCUUUUGAUUUCAAAGUGGAGUUUGCCUCACACUUCAUGAGGGUAAGAAUAUUAACUUAAAGCUAACAAUCUGCAUUAUUGGAGUAAAGUAAAGUGCAAAGACAGAUGAAUAUAUCUGGAAAUCUUGAAGCUGUUGUAACAUCUGUUGAGGGUAUUACCAAGUUGAUAAGACUAAAGAUGAAUUAUGAUGUCAGUGAUUCUCAUGAUUCUAGAUGAUGGUGUAACUGAUGUUAGCUACGUUUUGGGGAAGGCUUCUAACCAAAUGAAAACAAAUCUUCUUUGACAUUUUUUGUUGCAGUAUAUGCAACAUGGUGGCAGUACUAUUUUAAAAAUAAUAAUAGUAUUUACCCUGAAAGGGUUAAUUUCUUCAGUGAUUGCUAUUGGUUUAGAUAGUGAUGCUAUGUUUGAGCGGAUGUCUGCUGUUUUACAGACUAUUCUGUAGGUUCAUAAACAUACUGACAACUGUGCGGUGAUAAUACUAUCUUUAAAUUUAUGAAGCAUACAAAGGGACUGUCUUUGAAUUUUGUAAACAUAGUCUUCUUAUUAGAAUGUGUAAAUAAUAUCAUUCAAUCAUUUAUUCAGUACACAUACAAUUUUUGCUAUAAAAACCCCAAUUAUUCAAAAUAGGUAUUAAAACAAAAUUGAAUUGUGUGUUUAUCUUUUUGUCAAAUCAAUUUUGUUAACAACUCACAUAAAAUGGUUUACUUUAUUAUUUCAAAACUUGUGAAAAUUAAAACACAAAAAGUUUUAAAAUGUGUAACUCAUUAUUUUUUGUUUUGUUUAAAAAUAAAGAUUUAUACGGUAAGAAUGGCUACUUGAAUUUUUGGGGGAAAUCGUAUCCAAAUCAUUAAACAUAUAUGUAUUUUUUUUGUGUAAAAGUCUUUCGGGCACUUGCAAGGCUUUCAGUUUUCAUGAGACUGGUCAAAUAGAAGUUUCUCUAGCAAAGCUGGGGAUAUGUACUGCUGCUAUGACCUUUAAUUUAUUGACAUGUAUUUCUCGCCCAUCUCUAAAUAACACCAAAUAAUUAAAGGCUUAAAUAUUUCGCUUCAUUUAAAUUAAGUUUACAGUUGUUUUUUUCAAUUUAAACUUUUUUAAUAAUUUUUUUUUAUUACCAAGCAGUUAUCUGGGUAUUUGUUAUUCCUAAGGUUUUGUUUCAGGCAGGAUGUUCUAGCGUAAAUGAUUUUCUUGAUCAAGGAUUUCCUAGCUAUGUCAUGUUUUUAAAAAAGUCACUAUUAAAUGUUAAAAUUUGACAGUUCUCUAUGUUAAGUCCCUUAUUUAAUGAUCUGAGAAAUCAAGAGUGGCUAAUAGGUCUUUAGUAAAAUAAUCAUAUAAAGCAGGCCUGUAUAGCAUACAACCCACAUGCGGCCCGCAAGCACCCACUUGGCGGCCCGCAAAGUAACGAAAUAUUCUUUAUUAUUUUCUUAAUAACUUUUGCCCUGUCCUAUUAUCUUUCGGCCUGCACAAGUUUUUCAUAAAGUAUUACGGCUCGCACAAGUUUUUCAUUUAGUGUUACGGCCCACCUUACAUUUUGAGUUGUGCAGGCCUGAUAUAAAGAAUUGUUUGUUUUUUUAAUUUCAUAUUGUCAUGAGGGUUAUUAAUUUCAUUUGAUAAAAUCUAUUUUUUGCGAGGGUCCGUGGUACUUAAUAAACCAUUAUUUUAUGCCAAAUUUCUGUAAAGAUUUCAUACCUAUGAUAUCACUCGCUGUUCAAACAACUGAGCAGAAUUUAUUGUUUAACUUGAUGGGCCAUGGGGGUGACCAUUUUUUACUCAUAUAUACACAGGGAAUGCAUUGUCUGGUGAAAUCAUUUUUGAUACAUGUUUUAAUAUAUUAACCAACACUUUUUCAAAAGGUAGUCGAUGCAUUAAAAUAAAAGUUUACCCUUCUCACCUCAUCAGGUUUGUGUCAUUGAUUAGACAUGCUUUGAAAAUAAUUCAGUAUCCCCCCUGCCACCAAUCUAUGAAGGCUUUUAUUUCAGUAGGGGAUGUGCCCAAUACCACCUCCUUUCUAAGUCUGGGUGUCUUUUUCAUCAAGGUCUGCGUGUGUUACGGCCUCAUUUGUUGACAGUUUAGUCAAAUAUGACCCUGCCCAAGCAGCUUCAAUUGCCCCAGGGUACAGAUUUUUGAAAUAUAGAAAAUUGAAGUUAUUGAAUUACAAGAGGUCCUAAAGUUAAUCAUAAAUCCAACAUUUCUGACAAGCAGUGAAUUAUCUCAAGAUUGUGUCAAAGUAAAAUGAUCGAAAUCGAUGCCUGCCUAAAACUCAUUUGGUUCAUUUCUGCCUGGGUUCGCAAGCAGGUAUGAGGUGUUACCACAGUGUGAUGAGAUGAGAAAGACUGUAAUUUUGUUAUAACUAGACAUUUAUCUAAGGUGAGGGAAAUUUAUCAUUGGCUGACCUCAGUCAUGAGAUUUGAUCAUAAUCAUACCAAUAAAAAACUCAGGCAUCACUGGUAAAAAAAAUCCAGUGACUUUAACGCACUGGGGGGUGGAGGACAACAACAGAUGGGGAAUGACUCAUUAAAACAAUAGGUGGAAAGGGGGGGGGGGUUAUUCUAGCAAGGUGGGUUUACUAAGACAUGUUAUACAAAAUUUUAGGGUCCAGCCUCAUUGCAGCACCCAAAUUAACAAGUUUAUAAUUCUUAUGUGAUAUAUUAUUUAUUUUAAACUUGUUUUAUCAAUAGUACUACUAAUUAUGAUAAUAAUUAUUAUUGCAAGGGGAUUAAAUAUGUUCCUAGGAAAAUAAAUCCAAGUGCAUUUUGUACUCCAUAACAUCAAGAAGUGUAAUGUUUACUUGAAAUUCUUUUUUAAAGACAAUAAAUAGUCAUUUAUUCAGAAUAGUCAUUUAUUCAGAAUCACUCAUUUUUUUUUUUUGUAUAGUAUAAGAUUUACUGUUUUAAUUCCAUGUAAUCAAAAAAAUCAACAGCUGAUUUUAAUGAUGCUUCAUUUGUCCAGAUGUAUUUGUUAUGAAGCUACGUUCUGGCACCAGCCUGAUGCCUCCACUUUCAAUGCCUGAGAAGUGUAUAAAAAUGCAAAAUGUGACAAGUGUAUAAACAUGCAAAAUGCAGGAUGGCCUUCAUAAUUAUUGUACAGUGAUGUAAGGGCAAAACAACAUUACACUUAGUAAUUAAAAAAAAACUAGGUUGAUGAAACAAAGUAACUUAAGUUUUAUUUUGAUUUUUGUUUAAAAUAUUUUAAAAACAAGCAUUUAUUAAAAUGUAUCAAAAUUAUGUACAUAUAAC